CCAACCCAACCCCUAUCGAGCCCGGUCGAGUUCAAUUUUGAAAACAAAGACUCGACCGUUGAGAGCCAAGUUGACUUCAAACUUAGCAACUCUAAUACCUCUCUUUCCCCCUCAAACCCACAUUUCACCAUGAGACGCCAUGGAUGGCAACGCCCUCUCCACCCUCUUCAGUUUGUGGGCGCUGCAGUUUACGCAUUUCUGGUCGCCUGUUUCUACACCUUCCUCGGACUCUUCCUCGGAAACCGAACCGCCGAGACCACACUCACCCUCGCGUUUUCCCUCGUGGCGGUUGCGGUGAUGUUUCUGUUCGUGAGGUGUACGGCGAUUGACCCCACCGACAGAACCAGGUUCAGGAAGAAGAAGAAGAAGAAGGCCAAAUCCAACGCGAUUCCCAAGCUUAAUUACGGCUUCAUACUUGGCCAGAUUGUGAUGAGGUUUUUCAGGAGGGUGGAAAGGAAGUUGCUUAGGACGUUCAUUAAGAGGAAGUACCUUGAUCCCUUGAAGAUAAGUCCCCAAAUGGAGCCUCUGUUACCAUUCCCUCUUGUCAUGAAGGAUGAUGAUGAUGCCAUUGCCCCUGAUCUCAAAGAGGAUGACAUCUCGUUUUGUGCACUUUGUGAUUUUGAGGUGAAGAAGCAUAGUAAGCAUUGCAGGACUUGCAAUCGUUGUGUUGAAGGGUUUGAUCACCAUUGCAGGUGGCUGAAUAACUGUGUUGGGAAAAGGAACUACACGACCUUCUUUCUUCUCAUGAUUUUCGUUCUGUUGAUGCUUUUCAUUGAAGGAGGGACUGCAGUUGCUAUAUUUAUCAGGUGCUUUGUUGAUAAAAGGGGAAUAGAAAAGGAGCUUCAGAGGAAGCUUCAUGCAGAGUUUCCGAGAGGAGUUCUUGCCACCAUAUGUGUGUUGCUUCUCUUAUUGACAGCUUAUAGUUCAGCGGCAUUGGGGCAGCUUUUCUUCUUUCACGUGGUUCUAAUACGAAAGGGAAUGAGAACCUAUGAUUAUAUCCUAGCGAUGAGAGAAGAGAAUGAAGCCAUGGAAUUGGAAUCAUUGGAUGAUUCUGAUUUCUCUUCAGAUGAGAGUGUCGAUUUUGACUCACCUGAAAAGCCAACACUAAUGUCAAGGUUUCAAUGCAAGGGAAACCAGAGCUCACCUAGGUUGUCCAUCAGGAUUGAAGGAGAAACUGAACCUUCCCCCUUGAUCAAGACAAAGAAGUUCCAUGUAAGCAUUAAUCCAUGGAAACUCAUAAAGCUGACCAGAGAGAAAGCCAUACUGGCAGCGGAGAAAGCCAAGGAAAAGCUUAUGAGAGAAAAGCCAAUGGGGGAACAUAAUUCAUUAAAACCUCUUCCAUUGGAAACAAAAUGCGGACCAUUGAUGAAUGCGGAUAAAAAUAUGGACACUGAGGAUUUUGGCUCUACACCUUUUAUAGCAAAAGGGAUACUUACUGGAUCGCCAGGAAGGAUUUCAAGCCCAAGAAGGAGAUUUUCUGCUGGCUCACCAACAGUGUUCUCUAGCAGCAUGAUGGCAUCCCCACACUACAAAUAUAGAAGCAGUUUCGACUUGAAAUUAACAGGUGUGUCCAGGGAGCUCGAAACACAUAUUUCAAGGCAGGUUUUAUGUUCUGUUAUCAGCAAAGAUGAUAGUGUGCCAUCCCCAAGAUAAGCUCUGUAUUUUAGAAGUUGAGAUUCUCAACCUUAGAGAAAGAGUUGUUGAUAUGUCCAUUCUUCAUGCCCAUUUUCUAUAUAUCAUUAAUUCCUUAUAAUCUAUACAUGGGAUGGUUAAUCUUUAUGUAACAUGGAUUUCUGUUUAAUUUACACAUGGGGAUAGUUCCUAUUAGCCAA